AUGGCGCCCCCUCAGUUCUUCAACUACCCAGGCACCGAGACCAUCGCCGACGAGUACCACUACUCCCAGGCCGUGAAGCUGGGCAGCGUUGUCCGGACGUCAGGUCAGGGCGGCUGGGACGAGCAGUUCAACAUCACCAGCGACCUUGAGAAACAGAUCGAGACCGCCUUUAGCAACGUGCUCAAGGCCCUCAAAGCAGUCGACUCGCGCCUCGAGUUUGACCACAUCGUCGCCAUCCGAUCGUAUCAUCUCGAUAUGGACGCCAGCUUCAACGUCAUGACUGCGGCUUUCAAGAAGUUGUUCCCAAACCACCGCCCUAUCUGGACGUGCAUCCAGAUCGGCAAGCUCGGAAUUGAGGGCAUGCAGGUUGAGAUCGAGGUGGAGGCACUUAUCCCGGAGUAG